AUGAGUUGGUCCGUUUCGCCAGGGAGUUAUACGUCCAAUGGAGAAGUCCUUGCAGGGACAGGAACAAAUGACACUGUGCACAUUGACAAAGCGAAAUAUUUCGGAGGUCUUAAAUUAGGGAACAUUCACCGGGAAGGUGCCACUGCCGAUGAAGCAGUCUUCCCACUUGGGCAGGAAAAUCCAGAUGACAAAAUAACUAACUGGGAGGGACAAGGAACAAGGGAAAGCAGUCAGAUAAGUAGAAAGCUGGUCGACCUUUCCAUCCACAAGAACGUUUUAAAUUUGUAUUUCCUGUUUGACAAGGACAAUGUUGGGCGCAUUGAUAAGAAGUAUGCCUGCUAUGUAAUUCAGAUGAUUUACAAAAAUGAUGCGAAAUUUAUGGUAGAAAAUGUUAAGUUAAAUGGAGAAGACGCGAGGAAAGGGCAGGCAUUUUUCUGCACCAAGUCCUUCGCAACCCUUUUACUAAUCCUCUUGAGGGAAGUAUCCGCAUUUCAACCUGUGGGCGAGUUUAUAAAGAAGGAAGAUUUUAUCGAUGUUGUGACGGAAUUGGUAAAGACUAGCACACAAGAUAGGAAUAGACAUAUGUACGGAAUGAUGAAGUACCCACAAAAUAUGAUCACCAAGUUUUACAGCUAUGUGCAUUAUUUGAAAGAACUGGAUAGUGAACGAAAAAAGAAGGAAAUCAAAAUUAAAAAAAAGACAAAGGAAUUGAAAAGCAUAUUCUUCCUGGAUGACCAAUUAGUAAAUGCCGAUUUGGAUACUCACAUCAAACAUUUUAACGAAAAAAGGAGAAAGAAGUUACAAAACAUUAAGAUAGAAAGGGAUGCGCGAGAAAUGAAAGAAUGCACAUUUUACCCAGAAAUUGCAAAGAAACCAUUAUAUUUGUUAAACAAAAAAUUUGAGACAAAAAUGAAAAAAUUAUAUAAAGGGAAAAACACGAAUGGGAAGUACACCCCAAUUGGGAUAACCUACGACAUAGACGAUUCGAUUGAGAGGACGUUGCAUUUGCCGGAACGUGUCUCUUUCAAAAGUGAUUAUGCGCCUUUUACAAAUAUUACCGAUUUGCAACAUCUGUAUAGGGAAAGUAAUGUCCAAUCGGAGAUCCAACUGAAGUAUAUAAUUCACCAGGGGUACACAAAACCGAAGAAAAUACACUGGAACGAUACGCUUAGGAAUAAACGAGCCGUUUCGCUUAGGGAAACGGAUGAGGAUCUUCUACAGAGUAGGGAAGAUGUAAUGCAAAGGGCAGCCAAAGGUGAAGACCUACACGUGUAA